AUGGCACUUCUACAACACAUGUGGGGUUCCACUUCCCUUGCACUGGUAAUGUUUGCUGUUUUGUUGACUGAUGUUCCUGGUAAGAUAUGUCUUUCUUCCAAAGCUGUGUAUAAUAUAUGGUUUCAUCCAUUGAGGAACUUCCCCGGUCCAUGGUACACCAAAGUAUCCAGGAUUUGGUACAUCUUGAGGGUCUUCCAGGGAUGUCAUAAACAUGAGAUCAAAAGACUCCACGAUGAAUAUGGGCUCGUUGUGAGGAUUGCACCAGAUGAGCUGUCAUACAUUGAUCCUGAAGCUUGGAAUGGCAUUUAUGUUUAUGGGCCGGUAUUGACGGACCAUGGCAUUAAAGGUAGUGUUGUCCAUAACAACGGAUCAUACCCGAUGGAGAAAGAUGGUGAUUUUUUCGCAACAGCCUUUGGAGACUCAGAGACCCUUGUGGGCGCUAAGAGUGCGGAGUAUAAAGUUCAAAAGAACAACGCCGUCCGGGUCUUUUCACAUGGGCAACUGCUUCAAAAAGGAGACAUCAUAUUAUCUCACAUUGAAUCCUUUACUCGCAACCUCAAGGUAUAUCUCGAAAAUCAAAACAAUGAAAGUAUCGAUAUCGAUGCAUGGAUUGGAAACCUGAUACUCGAUAUCCAUGUGAAGCUCACCAUAGGCCAAAACUUCCACGCUAUCGAUAAAGGGUCCUCAUCUCACCCCCUGGUGAACACCAUGCACAAGACAGCGAAGGUCUUGCAGUACCUUACACAACUUCUUUAUCUUCCCCUAUCUCUAUCGUCCCUUUUCAACUCGCAGAUAUUUCGCCGUGACAUCUUCACCAUAUUCAACAGAAUUCCUCCUUUAGGCACAGCAAUUACAGAGCGCCUGGAGCGAAUGGACGCUGCUGAAAAUUGUGUGGACCUAGUCUACCAUAUGGCGAAUGAUCAAAAGGACGGAACAAUUGAUCAUGACACGAUAAAAAGAAAUACCCUGAUUGUGAUUCUCAGCGGAAUUGAGACACUCCCUGAUUAUAUCGGUUCUGUUCUUUACUACACACUGGAAAGCCCCGCGUAUUUUGCUCGGCUUAGGGAUGAGAUACACACCGCAUUUCCAACUUCGGAGGAUAUUUCAGCAGAAGCAGUCCAGAAUCUGAAGUUUCUACACGCGUGUAUGAACGAGAGCCUUCGGAUGGCUCCACCGUUUGUGGGUACCCUACCCCGUCGAGUUCCUGCUUGUGGCGUGUCCAUUUGCGGCGAGUUUGUAGGAGGAGGUACCACAGUUGGAAUCCAUAACUGGUCUGCCACGCACAGUGGGAGGUUUUGGAGGGACCCUGAGCGAUUUUGUCCAGAUAGAUGGAUGGAUGACCCAAAAUAUAAGGACGAUACGCGUCAGUCCUUCCAUCCGUUUGGGGUCGGGCCACGAACAUGUGUUGCAAGGAAUCUCGUCAUUAUUGAAGCCAGUCUCAUUCUUGCUCGGAUUUUGUUCAGCUUUGAUAUGGAGUUAGAGCUCUCCAGAAGCCAUGACUGGCCGAAGAGAAAUGGCCACCUGGUUCCGAAUAAGCGUCCUCUAUUUGUAAGAGUCAAAGCGGACAAGGGUGAAGGAAACAUAGCAGAUGUUUAA